UAGAUAAUCUAUAAUCAUACACGUGUACACUAAAAUAUAUAUCUUACACGUGUACAGUAAAAAAAACCAGACAGACAGUAUAAGCAACUAGAGUUCCAUAGCUUAUAAGAAACAUCAUUGCCAAGGAGGAUAAAAUUACGUUUCUUUUACUAUUUUUUGGCCUAAGAUACUAAUAUUUCCGGAUAUAUUUAGUGGGCCACUACCCGGCAUUUCUCAAGUUAUUAUCAGCGGGUGACAGUGGAUAGAAACGACCAAACCGCACAUAUUGUCUUCAUCCAUAAUUUACUGUAGUUGGUGAUUACUGUCUACUUAGGGGACUUGAAUGAUAGCCUAAUCAUGAUCGGAGAAAUCAGUAGAAUUUGUGGACGGAACUUUUCAAGAAUGGUGUUCUGCAAGUCCUCAUCAUUCUCGAUAAAUCAUCAACGAAGUUUCGCAGUGACAAAAUCUAUGGCAGAGCAGGGGAAGAAGCUUUUUACCCCGGGUCCAUUAGGAACAUCAAGGACUGUUAGAGAGGCUGCACUCCCCGACCUUGGCUCAAGAGAUGUUGUGUUUAUCGACAAGGUGAAAUACCUACGGUCCAGACUUGUACAAAUUGCUGGUGUACGUGAGGAGGACUAUACUACUGUUCCAAUCCAGGGAAGUGGCACAUUUGCUGUGGAAGCUGUGAUCCAAACAGCUGUCCCUCGUACAGGUGGCAAGGUAUUAUUACUGGAGAAUGGAGCAUAUGGUAAGAGGAUGGCCAAGAUAUGUGAGUACCUAGGUAUACCUUACCACCAAGAGAGCUUCCCUGAGAAUCAGAAAGUGGACUUAAACAGGGUAGCUGACAUACUAAGGGCAGACAACUCCUUCACAUUAGUCAGUGUGGUACAUUGUGAGACAAGCUCGGGUGUUAUUAACCCAGUGGUGGAGGUGGGUUCUGUUGUCAGGCAGAUUUUACCAGACUGUGUGUUCUUUGUGGACGCCAUGAGCAGUUUUGGUGCUAUACCACUGGACAUGACAGCUGGUUCUGUAGACUUCAUGGUCAGUUCAGCCAAUAAAUGCCUGCAGGGUAUCCCAGGUUUCUCCUACUCUGUGGCCAGGAAAACAGCGCUGGAGAAAUGUAAAGGAAAUUCUCGAAGUUUGAGCUUGGAUCUGUAUGAUCAGUACCAAGGACUAGAAUCUACUGGUCAGUUUCGAUUCACUCCGGCCACUCACACCAUGCUGGCCUUUUGUCAGGCUCUCAAGGAGUUUGAUGAAGAGGGAGGUCUCCAGGGGCGAUCUGCCAGAUACAUAGAAAAUCGUAGGAUUAUCAGAGAGGGUAUGAGGAAGCUUGGAUUUACAGAGUUCCUAGAUUCCAGUCAUGAUGGAUACAUAAUCACUUCGUACAACUUCCCUGAUCAUCCAAACUUUGACUUCAAAACAUUUUACAGCAAACUAAACGAGAAAGAUCAGGUGAUUUACCCUGGCAAAGUGUUGAAUGCAGAUUGCUUUAGGAUUGGUAACAUUGGGGACUUGUAUCCCAAGGAUAUGUCCCACUUACUGGUGUGUAUAGAGCAGGUUUGUGAGGAUAUGGGUAUUCCUCUCCCCCUCAGGAGCUGAUGUUCAGUGUUGUCUUCCUUCUACAGCUAAUGAUAGAAGUCUUUCAUAUCUCAGAGUUAAAACAAGUGCUGAGAAUAAAAGCUUUAUUGAUGAGUGUGGAGUGGUAUAAUGGUGAGUGUGGAGUGGUAUGAUGAUGAGUGUGGAGUGGUAUUAUGAUGAGUGUGGAGUGGUAUAAUGGUGAGUGUGGAGUGGUAUAAUGAUGAGAGUGAAGUGGUAUGAUGAUGAGAGUGGAGUGGUAUAAUGAUGAGUGUGGAGUGGUAUAAUGGUGAGUGUGGAGCGGUAUAAUGAUGAGAGUGGAGUGGUAUGAUGAUGAGAGUGGAGUGGUAUAAUAAUGAGAGUGGAGUGGUGUGAUGAUGAGAGUGGAGUGGUAUGAUGAUGAGAGUGGAGUGGUAUGAUGAUGAGAGUGGAGUGGUAUGAUGAUGAGAGUGGAGUGGUAUAAUGAUCAUUGUGGAGUGGUCAAAUGAUGAGUGUGUAGAGGUAUAAUGAUCAUUGUGGAGUGGUCAAAUGAUGAGUGUGUAGAGGUAUAAUGAUGAGUGUGUAGAGGUAUAAUGAUGAGUGUGUACAGGUAUAAUGAUGAGUGUGUACAGGUAUAAUGAUGAGUGUGUAGAGGUAUAAUGAUGAGUGUGUAGUGGUAAAAUGAUGUGUGUGGAGUGGUAAAAUGAUCAGUGUGGAGUGGUAUAAUGAUCAGUGUGGAGUGGUAAAAUGAUCAGUGUGGAGUGGUAUAAUGGUGAGUGUGGAGUGGUAAAAUGAUGAGUGUUGAGUGGUAAAAUGAUCUGUGUGGAGUGGUAUAAUGAUGAGAGUGGAGUGGUAUAGUGAUGAGUGUGGAGUGGUAUAAUGAUGAGUGUUGUCAAAAGUGAGUGUUAUCCUGCUGACUGGUGACCGAGUUUUUGGUGUUACUAGAGGUAAAUGUUGAGAAUUAGUGAUGACGAAUGUUAUGUAACAAUGGCUGUGAAUGUUUAGUGAAAGAACAUAUUAUUGAUACUGAGUAUUAGCAUGAGAUCGGCUCUCCAGUUAUCAGAUACCAUUAUAAAUUCAAAUGGACCAAAUAAUCAUUUUUAUCCAAGUGAGUUGUCAAUAUAACACAGUGUCUUCUUUAUAUAUAUACACCAAAGUAAUUUAUUUAGUAUUCCAUAAAGGAUUAACAAUACGCCAAGUUUUAUUUUCCAUGAGAGAGGCUCAAUAAACCAUUUACCAUACCUAUA